AUGUUUCACGCAAAUAAAAUGCUAUUUUUUAUGUUAUUAAUCUAUCUCUUAAUAAUAAGAAUUAUUGAUCAAGAUCUUUUAUUUAAUAAUAAAUAUGAGAAAAAAAAUUUUAGAAUAUUGAACAUCAUGUGUAACGCUGGGGAAAUGCUUACAUACGACUACAAAUGUGAGAAAUGUAAAAUAGGUUUUUAUAAUUUUUCAAGAGUAAACAAACAAUGCUUUCCUUGCCCUCUUGGUACUUAUACUGACAAAGAGGGAUCUCUUAUUUGUCAGAAUUGUCCUAAUGGAUCUAAUACAAAUGAAAUAGAAUCAAAAUCUAUUCUAGACUGUGUUUGUAAUAAAGGUUUUAAAUUAGACAUAAAAAAUAACAGAUGUGUAAAAUGUAAUGCACUAGAAUUUUGCUAUGGAAAUAGGAAUACAUGGUCAUUUCAAAAUAUGUGCCAUAAAAAUACAAGUGUAAGAUAUAAAGAAUUAUGUGAAAAAGUUAAAAAUAAGGAAAUAUAUUACUAUCAAGUUUUAUGUUACAAAAAAGAUGUGUGCUUAAAUUUCAGAGAAGAUAAAUCUUGUUUAGAGGGAAAUCAUUUAAUACAGUGUAAAAUUUGUGAAGAAAAUUAUAGAUAUCACUUCAUAGCCCCAUUAAAAAAUCCUUGCUCUUUUUGUAAUUUUUUGACAUAUUUGGUAAUAUUUUAUUUUUUUCUGAUUACAUUAUUUAUAAGUAUUUUAACAGCUAUAUGUGUAAAUAGUUUAAGAGAAUUAAAUAUAAUAAAGAUUUUUAUCACGUAUAUACAAUUUAUAUCACUUCUUAGAUAUGUUAAUUCAAAUUAUGAUCAUUCCUUUGUCAAUAUCUUGUAUUUUUUUACUAUUGGAAUACCUUUAAAUGAAAUUUUAGACUGCAUUUUUACUAAGGGAACAAACAGUGAUAGAAUUCUAAAAAAAAUUAAUUUUUUAUUAUUUGUACCAGUAUUGUUUUCCUUUUUCUCAAUAUUGUGCACUGUUGUUAUUUAUGUUUUGAGAAAAAAAGUAAAAAUAAAUAAUGAAACCUAUGGAAAUAACAAAAAAGUGUCCUGUUUAAGGGUAGAUAAUGAAAUAAAUGAUGGAAAUUUAAGAAAGAAUAAAUUUGUGAAUAGUGAAUUUUAUCAAUCAACUUUGAAGUAUCUGGCAGAAAGUGAUGAAAAUCAAUUAAUUAAAAAAAUAAAAAUAAAAAAUAAGAAAAAAAUUUGUUUUAGUAAAUCAACAGGAAACAUUGAAAAAAACUUGGACAUGAAUUAUAUGAAAAACGAAGACAAAUUAAGGAAUCAUUUUUUAAUUAAGCAUAAUUCAGAAUUUAAUGAAGUUUUUCAAAAACAUAACGUAAAUAAAAUAAUUUUAACAAAACAUGAAAAAUUUAAAAAAUUGAUAAAAAAAAAAAAAAAGAUAUUUUGGAAAAUAAAUAAACAUAAAUUUAUUAAAAUAAAUAGUAAUAGUUUAAAAUUCCUAAGAAAAAUAAUGCUUAAAAAUAAGUUAGAAAUACCUUAUAAAAAAAAUACAAACAAGUUGUGCAUUGAAAAAAAUCAAGAUACAUAUAUUAUACUCAAAUCUCAUAGAAAUUUUAUAAAAACUUAUUUGCAUGGUUCUUAUAAACUAAACACUAAAAAAUAUUUUAUAAAUAACAAAAAAAAUGAAAAUGAAAAAAAAAAAGAAAUUAAUAAAAAGAAACAACAGAAAAAAGCUAAUUUUUAUUUAUAUUCUAAGAAUAAGCCUUUAAUGAAUGAUAUGAUCAAAUCAUUCAAUAAAGAUAAGGAGAAAAUAAUUUUUGAAAAUACAUAUAAAGCUAAAAAUAAUCAAAAUAUUAAUAAUAUCUAUAGUAAAAACAGUAUAAAAAAAAAUGGAAAUAACAGUAGUAAUAAAAUAAAUGAAAAAUAUGUAAAUCACAAAGUACACGACAAUUAUAUCUUUUAUAAUAACAAUAAUGUUACAAAUAAUCAUAGGAAUAUGGAUAAUUUAAAUAAACAACAAAACAACAUAUUUUUUCCUUUUCUUGAAAAUAGGAAUAUUCUAGAAAAUACAGUAAUAUAUUCUAAAGAAAACAAUUUAAUGGAUAGUAAUAUAAUUAAAAAUGAUAUGAUAAAUGAUACAUUUUGUACCAAAUAUAUGCUAAAAUAUUUUAUUUUAUUUUUUAUAUUAUAUCAUGAUUUACUAUAUUUUGAGAUAAUAAGAUUAUGCAUUUUCUUUUUUUUCUGUAAUUAUGAUAAACAUAGACAAGAAAGUUUUAUAAUAAUUGAUGAUUCAUUAGAAUGUUAUGAAAUGAGAAAUAAAUAUUAUUUUAAGAUCCUCAUAAUAAUCAUAUAUAACACAUUUAUAAAAUUUUCAAAUUAUUUUUUGCCAUUAAUUAAGAAAUAUAUGAAAAAAAAUAUGUACAUUUUAGAUGAUAUAAUAGUAAUAAAUUCCAAGAUAGAAGCAUUCAAUCCUAUAGAUAAUUUUUUAUUAUUGUUAUUUUUAGUCUUAUUUUAUAGAAGUUUUUUAAAUACAACAAACACAUCUUUAACUUAUAACUAUAAAAAUACCUUAUAUAAUCCUAAUAUUCAUAUAUUUCAAUUAACAAUUAUUAUUCUUUCACUUUUUCUUUAUAUCUUAAUUAUGUAUUUAUAUGUAUAUGAAUUCAAUGAAAAAGAAGAAAGAAAAAAAAAUGAGCAAGCAGAUGAUAAUAUUCUAUAUCAUGCAGGUUCUAUUACUAUGUAUAAACAAAAUACAAAUUAUAUAAAAAAUAAAAGUAGCAUUGAAAACAAAGAAAGUAAUAUCAAAUCAUUAAAUGAAAAUAUAAUAAAUAUUAAUCUUAACGAACAAAAGGAAAAUGUAUUUAUUUCAAAAGAAAAUUAUAGAUAUAAAAAUGUGGUAGAUCAUAAAGAUAGCAAUGAUAAUAUUAAUGAUGAAAAUUAUCAGAAAUAUAAGAAUAGAAAAAAAAAUAAUGAUAAUGGGGAUUAUAAUAAUGAAAAUAAUAAACUUUUAAAUGUAUUAAUAAAAGUUGCAACUAAAUUAAUAAAAAAAAAAAAAAUUGAUAAGUUCAUAUUUUAUUUUUCUAUGUUAGCAUAUAUUACUAUAUUAUUAUCUUAUUAUACAUUCUUAAGUUAUGUACAUCUAUAUAAUUUUCUUAGCAUUAUAACAAUUAUUUCAAUAAUUUUUAAUUUUUUUAUUUAUUUUGUAAUUUUUUUGCUAUUUAUAAAUUAUUUUAAAGAAAAUAUUAAAAUUUUUAUGAUAAAGAACAUAGAUAAAUUAAGAGAUUGCAUAAAAAAGACAAAAUGGAUUAAGUGGGAUACAUCAAAGAAAAAAAGAGUAGUCUUCAAAAAGAAAACUUCUAAGAAAUUGCAAGAACUAAAGUUAAAAAAUAAUGAAAUGGAAGAGCAAAUAGUAUUAAAAAAAGAAAAGAAAAGUAUAAAGUCGAUAAACAAUAUUCUGAAAAAUAGUAAAAUUUAUCAAAAUUAUCAUUCCAAAUUAAUGAAUUAUAGCCUAGUUGAUAAAGGAAAUGUAGAAAAGAAAAAGAAUAAUAUUAAAAGAUAUAAAUUAUUAAAAAUAUCAAAGUUAUGGGUAUUUUUUUUAUACAAUGUUAUUGAUUUAUCAGAAGAACCAGAAAAAUGUUUGUCUAUUAUAAUUAAUUUAACAUUAGAAAAAAAUUUUCAUAAAUUAACUUUGGAAAAUUGUUUAAAAAAGUUAAAGAAAAAUCAUUUUGCUCUUAUAAAAAAUAUAUCAUUAGUUUUAAAAAAUUUUCUUAAAUAUAAAGAAAAAUUUUUUAAUACGUUAAGGAAGAAAAUAUACGAGGAUUAUGUAUCUCUUAUCACUUAUGCAUGGGGAUUCAGUAUUUUAAAUUACUGUAAUUUAACUGAUAUUAACUAUAAUUUAUCAAAGAUUUUGUUAUAUGUUUCAAAUGUUUUAAGAAAAUGUAUAUACUUUAAUAAUACAAAGGAAACAUAUUUAAACAUUUUUCCUUCUUUAAACGAAAAUUCAAAUAAGAGUGAUAAAUACAAAAAUGCAGAAUUUAAAAAUAUAAAUUUUAACAAUACAUCGUUUAAUAGUAACACUAUCGGAUAUAUAGACUAUAAUUUAAAUAUAAAUAAUAUGAACAGAACUUUUCCACAUAAUAAACAAUUAUACGCCAAUAAUAAUGAUAAAAAUUUAAAUAUAGAGAAUUAUUUCUUAUAUAAACAUAAUAAUAAUAUUAGUUCAGAAUAUACGAAUAAAAAAUGGUGUAAUAUGAAUCCUUUAAUAGACGAACAAAAUAAAUAUUGUAAUUUAAAUAAUUUUAAGGAAAUUGAUUUAAGUAAUCUUAAUACUACUCGUAUAAGUGACGUAAAUAAUUCUGAUAUUCAUUUGAGCAAAAGAAUGUUAAUAAAUGAUGAAAAUAAUAUAGAAAUUAAGCAAUUUAAUGGAAAUAAGAAAAAUUGUAAAGAUUUAUAUUUUUUUAAAAAAUAUUUAAAUAAUAAUUUUAACAAACUAAAAAAAGAGGAUCAAAAUAAUGAUUCAAUGAUUUUUUCAAGUAACAAACAAUGCAAUAUGGAUUUUCAAAUAUUUAAAAAUAAUAAAACUUAUAAUAAUGAAUGUGAAAUAUUUUUAAAUAAUAAGGAAAAAAAAGAUAAUAAAGGAAAUUUGUUUGAUAUUAGUUAUAUAUAUACAGUAGAAUUGUGUAGAAUUUAUCUUCAUUGCCUAUUAUUAGAUGUAAGUGAAAUUUACUUCGAUAUUUAUUUUAAAUGCACAUGCGAAAAAUAUUUAUGUUCUAAUUUAAUAAACUUAUGGGAUUAUUCUUUAAAUAAUAAUUUGUAUAUGAAAAGAUAUUUUAAAUUCUUAGAAGACAAUAAAGAAUCUGAAUACAAAUUAAAAAUAGAUAAAAACUAUUUUAAGGAUGAAAAAAUAGGUGAUAAUGAUAAAAUUUUAAAAAUACAUGAUUUUUUAAGCAAAAAUGUGCUAGAUGUAGAUUUUUACAAUGAAUAUGAUAAGUUAGAUAGUGACUCAAAAAAUUAUUUCAUAAAUUUAAUUAAAGAAGAAGAUGAUUUAAAUAUUAAUAAAUUAAUUGAGUUUUCAGAAAUAUAUGAUGUAAGAAAGAUAGAAGAAAAAAAAAAAAAUGAAAAUAAAAAAAAGAAGGAAGAGUUUUUCAAAGUGUUUAGCAACGCUUUGCCAGUUUUUAUUGAAAACUGUGAAUAUUUAGAUAUAGAUGAAAUAGAAUUAAUAGAAGAGAAAAAAAGAAACUUUGCUCUUUUAAAUGAAAAUUUGGGAGAAUCAUAUAUAGAUAAUUAUAUUAUGAAAAAUUAUGAAGAGAAAAUAAAUUAUUUUCAAAUAGAUAACUAUGGUGCAUAUAUUUAUAUAAAAGGGAUUUUUUUAAAUAAUUUGCUAAACCUAGCUCAAAAAAAAAAAGAAGAAAGAAGAAAAAAAAAAAAAAACAACAAAGAUAAUAUAGAAGAUUUAUUAAGCAUAAAAUAUCUGGAAAUUCUAAAUAAAAAUAUGUAUAAUUACAUGAAUUAUCAAAAUAUAAAUGAUGAACUUUGUGUAUUUAUACAUAACUGUUAUAAAUGCAAUAUAGGUAUUACUGGGGAUUUAAAAGGAAUGAACUUAUAUAAUAAAAACUCAUUAAUCAUAAUAAAUCCAUCAGUAAUAUUACCUGAUAAAUGUACUAUAGAAUUAUGGAUAUAUUUUAAUUCUAGAAGUAGCAAUAAAAAAAAGAAAAAUUUUAUAUUUUGUGAUAAAAAAGGAAAUUCCUUGUUUGUUAUAUAUAGAAAGAAAGAUAAAAUUGAGAAUAUAAAAAUACACAUAAAUGAAUGGAGUAAAUUGAGCACUUAUUAUACUAAAUAUAAUCUAGAAAGGAAAACAGAGCUAAAAAAGGACUGUAGUCUUUAUAUAGAAAGUAUAAAAACAAAAAAAUGGGAAAAAAUUAAUAAAAUAGUAAAAAAAAAUAAAUGGAAUUUGUUAAAUUUAACUAAAUCAUCCAAUGGUUUAGUUUAUUAUAUUAAUGGAAAAUAUUUAAGCACAAUUUCUCAUGAAAUUUUAAAUCUAGAUGAAGAAUUUGAGAUAAACAUACUUGGGAAUUCUUGUUUUGGUAAUAAUAAUAUAGGAAUUUUUUCAUCUUUUAAAAUUUUUGAAUUCUUAAAUAAAGAUGAAAUAAAAAGAAGAUAUAAAUUGAUCAAAAAGAUAAAAUGCAAAGAAAUGAUAGGAGAUAAUAUAAAUAUGGAAAACAAAAAUGAUAUUAUAGAAGGAAUAGACAUUAAAAAUAAAUAUAUAGAAGAUGCCUUUUUAAUGUAUUUUGUACAAUCUCAAAAACAUAAAACUAAAGUUAUACCAUUUAUAAAUGAUUCAAAUUAUAAAUUGAAAAUUUAUCAGUUAAAAUUUUUUACCAAAUAUAAAAACAGGAAUGAUUCACCUAAUAAGAUAUUUAAUAAUAAUAAAAAGAAUGAUAAUAGAUUUACUGAAAUAAAUAAAUAUUUAGAAGAAAAUAAGAAAGAAAAUAUAAAUUCAACUAAAAAUAAAAAUGAAUAUUCAAAGAUUAUUGAAAUUGAUAACGAAGAAGAGUAUGGAUAUAAUAUUUAUUUUAAAAAAAUAAUUAAAAAAGAAGAUUUGCCUAAAAUUUAUGGUGUUAAUGUUUUUUCAGAUAAUUUGGCUUUUGGAUGUGAUUUAUCUAAAUUUUAUAAUUUAGUUUUAUUUCCUACAUUAUCAAUAUAUAAUGAGUUAACCAAUCCAUGUGGAUAUACUAUAUGUGCUUGGGUAUUUUUUCCUAUACACAAAAAUAUAUCUUUUUCAUCUUUGAUUAGUGGUGAAAAUGAUAUUCAUGCUUGCAUAUUUAGUGAUGAUUUAAUUAUCGGAUGUAUAGAAAAUUAUAAAAAAAAAGGACAAACUUUUUAUCAUUCUUCAGGAUAUAGUAUUAAAAAUUUGAAAAAGGGAUGGUAUUAUUUAAAUGUUGUUGGAACAUUAAAAGGACAAUUUUAUUUUAUAAAUGGAAAUUUUAAGGGAUGUCAUAAGUUCUGUUCUUUUGACAAUAUAAAAUAUAUUUUUAAUAGUAGCUUAUUUAUUAAUCCUUUUCCUUGUGUUUGUUUUUUAAAAGUAGUAUAUAAGCCUUUAUCAAUGAAUGAAAUAUUAUAUGAAUAUAAUAAUUCUCCAAAUUAUAAUUUUAAUUAUUAUUAUUUUUAUUUCUCUUCUUUAUUUCAAGAUUUAAUAGACCAACCAGAAUAUAAUAGUAUAGCUUCAUUGAGUGAUACAACUAUAUCUAAUUAUUCUGAUAAAAUACAAUAUGUUCAUUUUGAUGUGACAAAAAAUUAUAACGUAUACAUUUAUCCUAUUGAGGAAAGUAAGAAUUUUUACUAUUCUUUAUCCCUUAUAUCUAUGAAAAAUAGAAAAAUGUACUAUUUUAAUAGCAUAAAAGAACAGUAUAAUAAUUUGAAUAUAUAUUUACACAAUUAUAUAAUGCUACCUGAAAGUUGGGUUAUAUUAGCAGUAAUUAAAUUAUCUUUUAUAAAUGAAUUAACUAAUCGUUGUUUAAUAGGGGGAGUAAAUGGGAACUCUCAUAUUGCUAUAAAUAAUUAUGACUUAUCUUUAGGAGUUUUAACAAAUUUAGAAAAUAACAUUUUAUAUGAAAAAGAAUUUUCAAGUGAAAAUGAAAAAAGCUUAAGUGAAGAUGAAAGUGAAGGAUUUUAUUCAAAAGAAAGUUCCAGUGUAAAAAAUAUUUCCUAUGAAAAUUUUUUAAAAGACGAAAAAAAUUAUAAAAAAAAUUAUAAGGAUCAUUAUCCGAAAUUUCAUAGUUGUGGAUAUAAUUUUAAAAAUUGUAUAAAGGAAAAUAUUUUUAUCGCAACAAGAUGUAUUAACAAUGAACAAACUUUUUAUGUAAACUCAAUAAAAGUGGGAGUGUCACCUGCAUGUCUUAGUCCCAUAGCAUGUAUUGGAAAUUGCUUAUCUACUAAUAAUGAAUAUAUUUCCCCUUUUGGUCAUUAUAAAUUUAUUAGAAUUAUUUUUGAAUAUUUUAGUGAUGAGCAAAUUAGAGAAUUUUAUUAUACUCUUAAAUUAUAG